AAUAAAGUCACACAAACUCAACCUUUUGAACCAUCUUCUUCUUCUUGUUCUUCCUCUUCUCAGAAGAAUAGAAAGAAAAAAAGCUUUGGGGUUUUCAAAAGUUCACAUUUUUUUUGGUUUUGGUUAGAUUUCCCAUUUUUUUCAAAUCUUUGCCAAGCUCAGAAAGUUUGAUAAAGUUCUGCUCUUUCUGGGUUUUUUAUUGCGUCCCAGAUUUUCAUCUCUGAAAUUCUGUGUCUGUAAGGUGUUUGAUGUUGUGACUUUCUCAAGGGUGAAGCUCUGAUUACUAUGGUUUUGAAGAAAGUUUCUUUGGUUCUGGUUCUACUUGUCAUAUGCAACUCUGUUGUAGAAUCCUUUUCAAGUAGGAACCAUGAUCUCAUCAACAAGAAUGGUUCCUCUCUUGCAGCCAUAAAGUUCCCUAAUCAUCCAAGCUUCAAUGCUGUGACUUCUUCUGGGGACACAGGGUGUAGCUUCACAAGUUCUGCCAUGAAUUUAGGUGAAGAAACCAAUGAUGAUGAUGGUGAUAGUGAUGAUGAAGGUGAGGCUUUUCUAGAAGCAAAGCCAAACAAGGAAAUGGUGAAGCUUCAUUUGAGACACUCAAUGAACAAAGAUGAUGAUGAUGUUGAUUUCACAUCAAGGGAUUUGACCAGAAUUCAAACCCUGCAUAGAAGGGCCAUGGAGAAGAAGAACCAAAACACCUUCUCAAGGCUGCAAAAGGCACAGGAGAAAUCCAGACCAAAGUCAAAGCAUCACCACAAGCCAGAGAAGUCUCCGGCCGCGGCGGCUGCGCCACCGGAUUAUCUUGCAAACCAGCUUGUGGCAACCUUGGAAUCUGGUGUCAGUCUUGGCUCUGGAGAGUACUUCAUGGAUGUGUUUAUUGGUACACCUCCUAAGCAUUUCUCUCUAAUACUAGAUACUGGUAGUGACCUUAAUUGGAUUCAAUGUGUUCCUUGUUUAGCAUGUUUUGAUCAAACUGGUCCUUAUUAUGAUCCUAGAGAAUCUAGUUCCUUUAAGAACAUUAGCUGUAGUGAUCCGCGCUGCCAAUUAGUAACCUCGCCGGAUCCACCUAGGCCUUGCAAGGGUAAGGAUCAGAGUUGUCCAUACUUCUAUUGGUAUGGAGAUAGCUCGAAUACAACCGGUGAUUUCGCCCUCGAGACCUUUACAGUUAACCUCACCACGCCUUCAGGGAAAUCCGAGCUAAAGCAUGUGGAGAAUGUGAUGUUUGGCUGUGGACAUUGGAAUAGAGGAUUGUUUCAUGGGGCUGCAGGGUUGUUAGGAUUGGGGAGAGGGCCAUUGUCAUUUGCAUCUCAGCUUCAAUCCCUUUAUGGCCAUUCAUUUUCCUAUUGCCUUGUGGAUAGGAAUAGCAAUUCUAGUGUUAGCAGCAAAUUGAUAUUUGGUGAGGAUAAGGAGCUUUUAGGCCACCCUAAUUUGAACUACACUUCAUUUGUUGGUGGCAAAGAUAAUUCAGUUGAUACAUUUUACUAUGUUCAGAUCAAAUCUUUGAUGGUUGAUGGUGAGGUAUUGGAUAUUCCUGAGGAAACUUGGAACUUAUCAGCACAAGGUGCUGGUGGAACAAUCAUUGAUUCUGGCACCACUUUAACUUAUUUUGCUGAUCCUGCUUAUGACAUCAUUAAGGAUGCAUUUGUGAAGAAAAUUAAGGGAUAUCCAAUUGUUGAAGGCCUUCCACCUUUAAAGCCAUGUUACAAUGUGUCUGGGAUUGAUCAGAUGGAGCUGCCAGAUUUUGGGAUCUUGUUUUCAGAUGGAGCAGUUUGGAACUUCCCUGUGGAGAAUUACUUCAUCCAGAUAGAUCCAGAUGUCGUUUGUCUGGCGAUCUUAGGGACUCCCCGGCACGCCCUUUCGAUCAUCGGAAACUAUCAGCAGCAGAAUUUCCAUAUCCUCUAUGAUAUGAAGAAAUCAAGGCUUGGUUAUGCACCAAGGAAGUGUGCUGAUGUGCUAAUUGGGACUCCGUACGCGCCGGUUCGUGAUUCAACACUGCUGCUCACUCAGCUUCUCCGUCCGGCGCUGAAAAUGGUUACUUUCAGGUUUCACCAAUACCAGGUGGUGGGUAGGGCUCUUCCCACAGAGAAAGAUGAGCACCCUAAGAUCUACCGCAUGAAGCUUUGGGCCACCAAUGAGGUUCGUGCCAAAUCCAAGUUCUGGUACUUUUUGAGAAAGCUAAAGAAGGUCAAGAAGAGCAAUGGGCAAGUGCUGGCCAUCAAUGAGAUUUUCGAGAAAAAUCCUACCAAGAUAAACAACUAUGGAAUCUGGCUCCGAUAUCAGAGUCGCACCGGUUAUCACAAUAUGUACAAGGAAUUCCGAGACACUACCUUAAACGGUGCUGUUGAACAAAUGUACAAUGAGAUGGCGUCGCGUCAUAGGGUCAGAUUUCCUUGCAUCCAGAUCAUCAAGACGGCAACCGUCCCCGCCAAGAUGUGCAAAAGGGAGAGCACCAAGCAGUUCCACAACUCUAAGAUCAAGUUCCCAUUGGUGUUCAAGAAGGUGAGGCCCCCAACCAGGAAGCUGAAGACAACCUACAAAGCAACCAGACCCAACCUGUUCAUGUGAUUCGAGUUGAUUUGUUUUCUGUGCUUGUCAUUUUGAGGCUGUUGGAUUCAUCAGUAAAACAUAGGGAUCACUUAGAGAAGGGUAAUUAAGCAGUAACAAACCUGAUUACCUGGAAUCGCAGACAUAGUUUUCUUCUCUUUAACUCUCAGAGUGUGGUUUCUUUUGACAAUUUUGUUUUGCAUUUUUCUCACCCGGAGUACUCUAUUUUUCCAUUCCUGAUGUAUUUGUUUAAGGUUGGUUUCCAAUUUAGUAAUUACGUUUUGUUUGAA